AUGUUCCGUGACAACCGAACAGCCCUCCUGCAAUCAUAUGAGAAUCGGUUGUAUGCAUUGGAGGAUCGCCUUGCUGCAACCGAGAAGACCAUUAGCGAGAUCGAGGAGUUCAUAGGGUUCAUUCAGAGUGAAAUUGUUGGAGUGAAAGAAGCACUUGCUAAUCGAGAUCUGGUGUCGCCGCCGUCCGUAACUGUUUAUUUCCGCCAUUCCGCCGUUGGUCGUGGAAAGACGUCAGAACAACCAAUGGAAAACCCAGAGUUCCCCCCGCGUCUCUUCUCGAAAGGCGAUGAGCCGUCUCCGCUGAAAAGCAUCGGUUACUAUAGCAGUGAGACGAAGCUGAUGACUGCACUUGAGGAAGCACUCACACAAGAUGAGUGGGAAGAGAUAUUGAACUCUAGACUGGGAGUGUUCUUGAAGUUCAGUCAGUUGGAUUUCGGCUGGGCAUCUAGACUGGUCCAUUACAUUCUCGGCAUGCAGCUAGUUUGCAAGAAAAAAUUUGAGAUUUGGAGCCUCGUAGGUCUAAUCCCGAUCCGCUUUUCUUUGAAUGAGUUCAAACAUAUUACUGGCUUGAAUUGCGAGUACGUGGACAACCUCGAGGAUCCGGUGGUUGAGAUAAUUGAUGAGAUGAAAGAUUUCUGGGAGCGAUUGGGAGUCAAUCAGGAGUUGGGCCCGAGCACUGAAGAUUUGAUAGAAGCUUGUAAGGAAUGCGGGUCGUGGUCUGAGGAUCGGUUGAGGCUGGGAUACCUUAGCAUUUAUACUAGUUACAUUGAAGCACGAAAGCCAUCUUCAGCUACUCGGGCUAGGUUGGCAAGGCUUGUGAUAGAUUUAGAAGCGUUUGAAAACUACCCUUGGGGAAGAGUGGCCUUCAAAAACCUGAUGCGGUCGGUGAAGGAGAAAGAAAUUUGGAAGUCGUCGUACACCAUUGAGGGGUUUGUUCAAGUACUACAAGUCUGGGUUUACUUUGCUCUUCCCGACUUUGCUGCUAAAUUUGGUGAACCACUUCCAGGCGACCACAAUGUACCGCUGAUAGCUUUCAAGGGAUCCAGGGGGAGGAAAUUUAUGAAAGAGAAUAUGCUCCGACAGACACGCAUUAACAACUACGUUGUUAAGGAAUUCUUCGACAUGUUUCCGCGCUGGGAAAUUGAAGACGAUGAUGAAGAAGACGAGAGGACUGACAACAUCAUCAAAGCGAUGUAUGGUCAUUUUGGCCCUAAACAAUGGACAUGGGAAAGGAGUCAUUGGCCUCCAACAGGUGUGACCAAGUAUGUCAAGUCCGAAGGGUCUGUCGAUCUGAAGAGGCGAUCGGAAUCAGUUGGUGAUCAAGGAAGUCGGAAGCGGUUCUGCCCAGCCUCUGGUGAGGAAAAUGAGUCAAUGGUCACGAUUCUGAAGGACCACAUGGACGACUGCUUCAACAAGAUGAUGGAUGGGUUGAGUAGUUGUGAAUCUCAUAUCAAACUACUCAACACAAAGUUGGGAACGGUGGAGCACAAAUUAGAGGCAGUGAUCCUCCAAGCUGGGACCGGAGGUACAAAGGAGGAUGUGGCUCAGACUGGUGAAGCAGACGCCGAGGGCGCAAAACCUGUUGGCGACGAUCAAACGGACGCGGAAGCCGAUCCUAAUAUCGGGAGUAAUUUUAUGUCUAAGCAAAAUGAACAAACUGAUGUUCCAAGUGAGAGCGUGAACGAUGGUACGCAGGGAACUCCAGAGCCAAGCGUCGUUAUGGUUGAUCCAGCAAAAUGCGACAUCGACUUCGAUCAGGUCCAGAAAGAUAAACACGAGAAAGGCAAGAAGGCGGCACAACUGGUUGCUCGUGCGAAGAGUGAACGUCUACGAAAGUUGGCUCCUACACAGCAAAGCCCGUUCAAACCCAACAACACAGCGAAGGAAAUAAUCCCAAACAAAAAUGUCCGAGGGUGCGGAUAUGAUCCGUUUGAUAUGAAACACGUGAAGCAAAAGAUCGGUGUGCUAACUGAUUGUCUGAAAAAGAUUCGUAAGUCUUUGUUUUAG